GCCUGUUUCAACGGCCAUGGCACCAGGUGGUUUCCCCGCUACAGAGAAACAGCUCGCCGCUUGAAAACGAAAAGCCUCGCGCCGCCGCCGCCGCCGGAUGCAUACUAUUUCCUCCGCGGUGAAGAGGAGGCUCAGACUGAGGCCUCGGUGGCUUCCUCUUGCCUCCCCAGCGAUUUCUCCUCGCCGCGGGUGCAGCAGCCACGGCCCCCGCGAGGCCGUCGGCUCGCACGACUCGCUACUCCUCCGGCUGCAGUCGGGCCCCGCCCUCACGGAGGUACGGAGAUUGCACGCUGCGCUGCUGGUGCGAGGAUACCGUACAAGCACCGUCCUCGCCGCACAGCUGGUGCGCGCGUACGCCAGGCUGCGGGAUGGUGGGCUCGGGCACGCGGUGCGCGUGUUCGACGGAAUGCUUACGAGGAACUCCUUCGCGUGGAACGCCGUGAUCAAGGGCCUUGUCGAUGCCGGUAGGUUCUCGGAGGCACUGCAGUGGUACUGGGACAUGGUCGGUGAUGGCUCGGUCGUUGCUGAUCGUUUCACUUACCCACCUGUUCUGAAAGCAUGUGCUGCACUUGGCGUGGUUGAGCAGGGGAGAAAAGUUCAAGAGAACGUGGAGGCGGACAUUGCCAGGGGUAUUGCAAAGUGCAAUGUGUUUGUGCAGUGUGCGCUUGUGGACAUGUUUGCCAAGUGUGGGUGCUUAGGUGAAGCAAGGAAUGUGUUUGAGAGCAUGGAAGUGAGGGACUUGGCUGCGUGGACUGCGAUGAUUGGAGGAACCGUGCACGGAGGAGACUGGCUUGAGGUGAUGACGUUGCUUAAGCGCAUGAAGUCAGAAGGGUUUCGGCCCGAUUCAAUGAUUUUGGCCACUGUUAUUCCAGCAUGUGGCAAGGUGAAAGAGCUUAGGACUGGAACGGCAUUACAUGGAUGUGUGGUAAAAUGUGGAGUAGGUGUUGAUACCUGUGUUCUGAAUGCUUUGGUCGAUAUGUAUUGCAAAUGUGCUAGGCUGGAUUUUGCUGCUUCUCUGUUUUGGUCUAUCGAUCACAAGGAUGUUAUCUCUUGGAGUACCAUAAUUGCAGGGCAUUCACAGAACAGAAGAUAUCAUGUGAGUGUCAGUUUGUUUUCUGAAAUGGUUGCUUCAGGAGUAAAACCAAAUUCUACUACCCUUGCAAGCAUACUUCCUAGUCUUUCAGAGCUGAGGUUAUUCAGGUAUGGAAAAGAAAUUCAUUGCUUCUCCUUAAGAAAUGGUUUGGAACACAGUGAGUUUCUAGCCAGUGCACUCAUCGACUUCUACAGUAGACAAGGAUCCAUUAAGGAAGCAGAAAUUGUUUUUGAGUUCACGCCGAAGAACGAUUUGGUUGUUUCGAAUUCAAUGAUCGGAGGAUAUGUUGUGAAUGAGGAUUCAGAGUCUGCAUUACGUCUAUUAAGGGCACUGCUGAAAGAGGGACUUAGACCUGAUCGUGUGACUGUUGUUUCAGUUCUUCCUCUAUGCAAUCAACACUCCAGGCUUCUCCAGGGCAAAGAACUACAUGCUUACGCCAUCAGGCAUAACAUAAGUUCAUGUUGCUCAGUUAGUAAUGCACUUACAGAUAUGUACUGCAAGUGUGGUUGCCUAGAACUAGCCUUCGAGAUUUUUCUGCUGAUGACAGAGCGAAAUACUGUUACAUAUAACACUCUGAUUUCUUCUCUGGGAAAGCAUGGUCAUGCAGAGCAAGCCUUCUUUCUUUUUGACCUAAUGAAGAGAGAUGGAGUUUCUCCAGAUAAAGUGACUUUUGUAGCUCUGUUAUCAUGUUGUAGCCAUGAGGGCCUUAUUGAUAAGGGCUUGUGCUUCUAUGAUUCCAUGUUGCGGGACUACAAUAUUUCUCCAGAUAAGGAGCACUAUUCGUGCAUUGUUGACCUUUACAGCAGAUCUGGGAGGCUUGAUGCUGCUUGGAGUUUUAUUGCAAAUUUACAAGAAGUGCCAGAAAUCGAUGUUCUUGGGUGUCUAUUGUCAGCAUGCAGAGAGCACAAUAGAAUGGACAUUGCUGAGCUCGUUGCAGAAAGAAUAUUUGAGCAAAACCCCAAUGAUCCUGGCUAUCACAUUCUGUUAUCUAACAUCUAUGCCAGUGCUGGAAUGUGGUCUGAGGUGACUAGGAUAAGAACUAUGAUCGAAGAGAGGAGCUUGAAGAAGAGAACAGGAAAUAGCUUGAUUUAAGAUUUGUGGUUUCUUGACUCCAUGUACAUAUUCAUAUGCAUUAUAUGCAUUUUGCACAAAAGAAAAACAUCAUUUGCCUGUGGUUGUAUGGAACAAAUAACUAGACAUGAAGAUAGAGUGUAAAACUGCUGAUGUGGAAGGAUAGUCACUAGCUUCUCUAGCUACUUGAGAAUUUACUGAUGAACCUGGGAGACAGGACGCAAGACGGGAAACGGGAAGAGAGACAGCUAUUGCAUCAAAACACUAAUCAGAAAUUUUUUCUAGAGGAAUAAAUUCCAUAUUUGCCGGCAUAAAUGAGUUGACAGGAUUAUAGAGUAAAUUUUACUGUUAUUAUGCUUGUUCUUGGUGUUAUAUGUUAAGUAGUUUAACAAUUUUGCUCCUUCUCUAUACCAUGCCUGCAAUCUGCAUGCUCUUGCAUUUGUUUGCUAGUAUAAUUAGCUAAAGAGGGUUGCUUGGGGUCACAAGAUACAGACUGUAUAUCUUGAUGAUAAAUUUAUUCACUUUUCCUGGGAACCCUUAACUUUUUUUUUCAUCUAAGAACUCCUUUUUCUGUAUUGCUUACUCCUUAUUGCUCUAUGUGCAGUUUAUUAUUUUAUUCUGAUUCUGAUUUUCCUUAUUAAUAAUCAAGAAUCUAUUUUGCAAUUGUUUCAUGAAUCAUGAUUUAUGAAACAUUCAUCAAGGGAAAUUGAUACUCACGCACUAAGAUAAUUUUGAUGAUUUCAGCUACGACCCACCUCUUAGUUUUGCAACUUUUGUUGUUGUAGGUAGUCAGUAUACACUUUUCUGAAGUCCUUUUGUGCUAGCUGCAAUUGUGAAGAAAUGGAAGUAACUGGGUGCCCAUCGAUCCUCAGAUCCUUCUACAGAUUGGAAGAUGUUUGGAUUUUUCCAGUUAUGUUCUGUUUGAGAAUUCUCAGUGACUGUGGAAAAUAUUAUUUACCAUGAGUCUUGGACUUAUUCUCCUAGGCAGGUAGUUGGACCACACAUAUCAGUGCAGUGUUUCUCCAGACUGGGUUUCAGCGUGACAAAGCUUUUGCCUACUCAUGAAUUAGCUCACCUGUUGCUAUCAUAUACAACGAUGGUGUCUCCAUCAAUGGAUGCCAAAAGCAGAAUCAGUAAAGCAUCCGGAUUUCACUGAUGAUGCAUCAUAAUGCAAUACAAAAGGGCAGUAAUCAAUGAGGGUGCUGGGCCAAUACAAAGGGGUGGGCUCACCACAUGUCUUCAUCAGAUAGUGGAUUCCCCGCUUGUCCUACUGAGCAUUGCUGCUAUCCGAAGUUUGUGCAGAGGAUUGAGUUCAACAACAUGGCCUAUAUUAUUACAGCCUUCGUUCAGUUCUGGCUUCCCAGAAUCUAUCGGAUAGGGAGCUGCUUUCUUGCAAGAGAGAGAGAUGAUUUUGACAUACCAUUUUUUAAUAAAAUGUGUUUUACAUACUUUGUCCAUACAUUGGGUCCAGAGCUCUGAGAAGUGAAAAACGUCAUCACUUGAUGAUCAAUGAUUGACUUGCAAGCUUCAAGACAACAGGGAAUGGGCAUCCUUAUCGGUUCCAGGUCACAUUCACAUCGUUCCAAUGGCCGGUGCAAUGUAGUUUGGGGUUUGGACCAUCUGCCAUCCUGCAACGGUAACUGCCUUCUCCCAUAGGAAUCUGAAGUUCAUUAACAGCCAGCUGUCUAUACAUGAUCCAAAUGAUUCCGAUAGACUUGCGCACAGCAAUAGAUAAACUUAAUGAAGACGUUGGUAACCGUCCAGUUCUUCAUAGUAUAUAUUCUAGUUCUCGUAAAAAAGAAGUAUAGAAGUCCAGUGGUAGACUGCAGGUAGCGAAAAUAUUCGGGUAACAACCGCGGCACGUACCCACCCUCACGCAUGCCGUUCAAUUCUAUUCAGAGAUUCGUGCUCCGCCCGCUUACGUGUAUAGGCUGGCUCACGAUUAAGCUUAAUCUGCUCACAUGGAAAUACACGUGGAUUUGCAGUGUGCAUCAAAUUUAUUGCGGGUAGGAUUCAUUUAUUGCUCUCUGUCUGCUUCACUCUCCUAGCUCUCCUUGUUCAACGAUCAACGGCGCCGGCGCCCACGUGACAGUGCAGGGCAUGAGGUUGCGGCGGGUGAACACGGCCGCCUUGCUGCAUCCGGACACCCGGUGGUGCCCGACGAGUACAGCACCGCCCCGGGUCCAGCGCGAGUAGGUGGGAGACCUCGGCGGCGGUGAGCGCCGGGUUGGCCGGGGCGAGGUGGACCGUGGACGUGGGCGCGGAGCGCGCGGGUCCUGGACAGGAAGGCCAGGAAUGGGACGGCGGCGCCAGUGCUAGCGUCGACGAGCGCCGGGUGGGAUAGGGACGAGCACUGGGAAGGACAAGGCGAAGGACGGGAAGGAGAGCGGGGGUUCCGGCGGAGGUAGCGGCGCCGGAGAACGCAGGUUGCAGAACAUCCUCAUGGCCGCGCUGUAGCCGUUGCGCGGGUCGAUGUCGGGGUCGGACGGAGACGGCGGCAUGGGUGCUUCGUUGGUGCACGCGAGUACGACGGCAAGGUUGCCGGGUGGCGUCUACACGUUGAGGCUGCUGCUGCUCCGCUACUGAAUCCAAAGCCAAGAGACCCGCAGGCUCGGAGGGCACUUCCAGCUUUUGGGUUCACUGGAUUGAAAAGCUUAGGAUGGAUAUCUAUUCUGCAGAGAAUACUGAUUGCUUCUAUUUUCUUUUCUUGGUGUUCUUGAUUUACUGCUGCAGAGAAUGCCGCUUGCUUCUAUUUUGUUGAAGUUCUUGAUUUACCGGUACAUUUUCUCUCAUCGAGAGAUCUGUCAAAUUUGGUUCCAGACCGAUCAAUCGACUAUUAUGGAAGAUGGUUAAUUUUUGUUGUUU